GCCAUCGUGUAACAGGGUGGGUCACAGUUUGAGGAGAAAGAGGCGGGUUACGCACUUGGCUUGUAAGCAGUCAGCCUCAGCCUACGCCAGCUUAAUUACCUCCGGCAUACAAGGCAACACAGGCGCGCGAUUUAUUAGAGGACAUAAACGGUACAUAGACCUUUGUCAUUUCAUAUUAGUAAAGAGACUGGAUCCACAUACAGAGCUGAACCUGACUGCUGGGAGAAAGCGAUGGCUUACUGACAGACAUCACCGUCCGUCCGUGGAUGGAGGAAACCCCGCGCUCGCACGUGCCAAUAUAAACACGCGCCGAUGUCCGACUGCAAGAAAGAUGGUGAGUACAAGCCUCUUUGUGUUGCGCAGCAGGCCACAGAAGGUUCUGGACCAUGUUCUACUCUCUGUCCUAUUCCUGCUGUCUCACAUAGUAUCAUGCACCUUGACAACAAAUGCAACUACGACAGCACCAGCAGGAGGACAGGGAUUUCUAUCAUUAACAAAAAAUGUAACUACACUGCCUAUUUCAGUUCCCCCAACUGCUGUUAUGAGCACAUCAUCCGCAGCACACCAGGUUAAAACAUCUGGUUCAGGGACCAUGAAUCUAACAGUCAAUUCAGCAGCGAACACUACCAACACAACUGCCAUGAGCCCACAGGUCACAGCUCCUGCUAAUAAUACAACAGGAACCAAGAAACCAACAAACACUUCAGAAGUGACCACUACCACCACAACUACUGCUACCCCACUGCUCACAGCUUUUGGUAAUGCUACAAAUGUGCCAACAAACACAUCAGGAGCAUACAUCAACACUACUAACACAGCUCUACCAGUCACAGCUAGCUUUAAUGCUACAACAGUAACCGCAUUGCCAACAAACACAUCAGGAGCAUACAUCAACACUACUAACACAACUCUACCAGUCACAGCUAGCUUUAAUGCUACAACAGUGACCACAGUGUCAACAAACACAUCAGCAGCAUACAACACUACUAACACAUCUCUACCAGUCACAGCUAGCUUUAAUGCUACAACAGCACCCUGGCCAGUGCACUGCAAUUUCUCGCAAAACUGUGACAGUGACUCUGUGUAUUACUGGAUGACAAUCAAUGUUGAAGUUAAUGGAUCCAAGUCUAAUGAAUCAGAUAUAUCUGCAUGGCUUCAGAAUCUGUUCCAAAAUCAAAUUGAAUGUAGUCCUACUCUUCCUACUGUCACACCAUUGAAAAUCAAUACUACUUCACCCAGUGGAGUGGGAUCAGCUCCCAUUACUACCACUAUUUUACAAAAUGUCAGCUCAGAUACUACAAAUCAAUUUUUCACUGGGACACUUGGAAACAGCAGUGUGUCUAAUGGAAGUGAAACUACUAAAAACAUCUUCAAAGAUGUGAUGGUCAUGUGUGUCAAUAAGACUGCAGUAAGGAAGACUACAUGCACUGUGUUGUUGCAGUUAACACAGCCAACUAGUACAUGCUGCAUUAUACAAACUGUGAGCACAGUACGGAAUAAAUCUUCCAUCCAGGCCUAUGUGAUUGGAGACAAUGUAGAGCAAGUGGUAAAAGGGAUUUGUCACAGCAGUACUUCAGGACCACCAGUUGGAAGUUUUGAAAAGUGCAGCGGGUCUCUUAGCCCUGACAUUCCCUGCAAUUCAAAUGCCACAGUUAAUGUGUCAUGCAGUGGGAACAGUGAAACGGCAUAUGUUUCACUCGGCAUUCCAGACCAAAUGAACUGCACCUUUGAAAACCAACCAAAUACUUGUAACUGUUCCUCCUAUUGCAACAGCACCGCUGCCUAUUAUGGUUUGGACAUUGAAACUGCAGACUUCAAUUUUAACAUGACACAAAUAUUAACAAAUGUCACAUGUAACAUCAAUAAUUCUGGUUGCCAUGCUUUGAAGAACAUUUCCAAAAUCUAUGAAAAAUCUACUGUGAAAUGUGGUAUAACAUGCAUCAUGAUUGUGAAACUAAGCAAAGCCAUAGAUGUGUGUUUACUCAGUUCAGCAUUACUGAGUGCAUUCCAAAACCAGAGCACCAUUGUCACUGAUGGCACUGUCACCAGAUUGGCCAUAUGCAGCUGGGAAGAUAGUCUAAAUGCAGAUAUUUUGCAAACAAACAUAGUGCCAGUUUCUGCUCAGCUAUCUGACGUCUGCCCAGUUGGAAAAGUGAACAUUGUAUCAAAUUACUGUAAAAAUGGAACAAACAUAGCUGUGCCACUGAAGGAGAAGUGCAACAGCAACCCAGUGAAUUAUGUUACCACCAGUAUGCCACCAUCAACUGCAAACACUAAUGUCACCAACAUCAGAACUACAGCCUCAGUCACAAACACUUCAGCAGCCACCUUGGACACAACAGCCUCCGCAGACUCAUCAGUGAGUGCAGAAGCGACUGCUGAAGGUCUUCUGAAUCUGACAAGGAAUGCAUCUUCUCUGAACUCCACACAGAUACAGCAGGCUGUAUCUCUGCUAGAGUCGCUUCUUUCUGGGCCCAAUGUUAGCUUGGCUCUGGGAAACACGACUAUCAACAUUGUCAGCAAUCUUAUAGAUGCACCUCCUAAUAUGCUGGCAUCCAGCUCAAACAGGAUCAUUGGCAUUGUGGAUACUGUUGGCUUGAAGCUGGUUGUGCAGGGACAGAGUCAAAGUAUUCUCUCCCCAUCUGUGGCUCUGGCAGUGAAACCGGUAGAUGGAGCUCUUUUUCCGGAAACCACAUUCACUAUCACUGACCCCUCCAACUUGCAGAUCGGCCCCAGGUCGAGGAUUACUGAGCCCAGGUCUCCUCAGGGUUCCAUAACUCUCCCUGCUUCCCUCACAGCGAACCUAACUCCUCAGCAGCAGCAGCUGGCCUCUAGAGUACAGUUUAAUUUCUACCAGAAGACCACUCUUUUCCAGGACAAAACAUUAAACCCAAACAACAGCAGGCUGAUCAGUGGGGUUCUUGGCUCCAGUGUGGCUAACUUGUCCAUCUCUAACCUGAGAGACCAAAUAGUUUUUAUCCUGAAGAGCACAGAAACUGUUGAGGGUAACUUUUCACGAUCGUGUGUAUUUUGGAAAUUCAGCUUAAAUGGUGGCUCUGGUGGCUGGAGCUCUGAGGGCUGCACUUUGCUGAACUACACUGAAACUGAGACGAUUUGUGGCUGUAACCAUCUGACUAGCUUCGGUGUGCUCUUGGACCUUUCCAGAGAAGGGAUAAACAAUCGUUUGCAGGCCACCAUCCUAACCUACAUCACCUAUAUUGGCUGUGGCAUCUCUGCCAUUUUCCUCUCUGUCACCCUGAUGACUUAUCUGGCUUUUGAGACACUGCGUAAGGAUAUCCCAUCAAAAAUUGUGAUCCAGCUAUGUUUGGCUUUGCUUCUGUUGAACCUGACAUUCCUACUGGAUGCUUGGCUGGCUCUGUACCCCAAUGUUGUGGGGCUCUGCAUCUCCACUGCCUUCUUCUUGCACUACUUCCUGUUGGCGUCUUUCACCUGGAUGGCCAUGGAGGCUGUCCAUAUGUACAUUGCCCUUGUUAAAGUUUUUAACACCUAUGUGUCCCGCUUCAUGGUCAAAUUAGGACUUGCUGGCUGGGGUAUUCCUCUAAUUGUGGUCAUCAUUGUCAUAGCCAUUGAUAAAAACAAUUAUGGACUAGUGUCUUAUGGGAAGUUUGAAGAUGGAACCUCAGAUGAAUUUUGCUGGCUGAAGAAUGAUAUAGCCUACUAUGUUGCAGUGGUGGCAUACUUUUGUGUUGUCUUCGUACUGAACCUUAGCAUGUUCAUUGUGGUAAUGGUUCAGCUUUGUCGCAUUAAGAGACAAAAUCCUCAUAACCUACAGCAUCGCAGUGUCCUACAGGACCUGCGAAGUGUGGCAGGGCUUACUGUUCUUUUGGGCCUCACCUGGGGAUUUGCCUUUUUUGCCUGGGGUGCUGUCAACCUGCCCUUUAUGUACCUGUUUGCCAUCUUUAACUCACUGCAAGGCUUCUUUAUCUUUGUGUUCCACUGUGCUGUGAAGGAGAACGUCAGAAGACAGUGGAGAAUACACCUGUGCUGUGGAAACCUGAGGCUAGUUGAGAACUCAGAUUGGAGUCACACUGCUACACAGAGGACCAAGAAAUCCACUGUAAAUAGAAUUGCUUCCUCAUUCAGAUCAGUGAAAUCAUCCAAGUCCAACAACUCAUCCAGUUCCUUCUUGGUCAGUGACAGCUCAGGAUCAGACAGGUCAAUGGGAAUCGGCAGUCCAUUAGAUGACCGUACAAUCACAGAGGAGGAGGAGCCCAGCUCAGAUGUAGUCCUGAAUGAGAUCAACCACAGAUACAGGAGCCAGAGAGCCCUCUGACCUGAAAGGCAACAAUCACAACUGUGUUUUGUAAUGCUAUUUAUGUGUAUUAUUGCAUCAUGUCUAUGUUGUACAUAAUAAACCUAGAUUUGUAAUAUUAUAUAUCUGUUAUAAUAUACAGUAUAUACUGAGUCAAGCAAUCUGUGUGGUAGCAUUUACUGUAGGUAUCCAAUGAUUAAAAAAGCCAAAUAUUCUGACAUUAUACUUGACUGCUGUUCACUGAGCUAUAUUUUAUAGGAUUAAAUUAAAUAACUCACUAUUGAAUUAGUUAUUAAAAUAGUGGAUUAAAAUUGUGUUCAAUUAAUUCAAUUCAAUUCAAUUUUAUUUGUAUAGCGCUUUUAACAAUGGACAUUGUCACAAAGCAGCUUUACAGAAAUAAAUGGAUUCACAAAAAUAUAUUGUAAAUCUUUGAAUUUAUCACUGUGAAUUUAUCCCUAAUGAGCAAGCCAGUGGCGACGGUGGCAAGGAAAAACUCCCCGAGAUGAUAUGAGGAAGAAACCCUGAGAGGAACCAGGCUCAAAAGGGAACCCAUCCUCAUCUGGGUGCAACGGAUAGUGCACUUAUAAAUAAAUCUCUUCUAUUAUUGUGUACUAUAUGGACAAAUAGUGCAAUUGUGCAACCAAUAAAUUCAUCACAGUUUUUGCAAGAAGUCCGGCUGGUUAAAAUCUAUCCACUGUCCACUGAUGGAGUCCUGAGUAUGAAGCUGCUCGUGGCAACCGCA